UCCGUUUCCAUGGCGAUGACGCGCAAACAACGCGAGACUUCAUCAGUUCUCGCAGAGGCGCUUGACCAAACUGUCAUGGCGGACUACCGAGAGGCGCCCUUGGCUACACGGCCGAAGACACUGGACCCCAAUGAGUACUUUAACCUUUCGCCGGAGUACCGACGUGCCGAGGGAGACCGGGCGGCACUCCGGGCCAAUUUGAAGCGACAAUACCAGCUACAGCUGAACAACCCGCACCGAAAGGAGCUCAUUCAUGACCCUGCGGUGACAAAAUGGGUGUACGCCCGCGGCAACCCUUACAACAACUUCAGAGUCACCAAGAAGACGUCUUUCCUGAGCAUGUUUGGAAUUGUUCCUGUCUUCGUCCUCUACUACAUCUUCAAGACAGAUCGGGCCAAUAGAGAGCAGCGUAUUAAAGAUGGAACUCUGGUACGCAAGUUCAGCAUGUCAUCUUGAGCUCUGCUGUACAAUGACCUCCUGCUGUGUGUGUCCUCAUGUUUGCGCGUACUGGUAAUUAUUAUAUCAAAAUAAACUUAAGCUGUCAUAAA